AUGGGCUGCGCCGAGACGAAGGUGGAGCCUGAUCCCUGGAUGCGAGUAGACUUUGGUCGUCAGGUCCCGGUAGCUGUGGUCCGUUUGUGGACCCGAGAUGAUUCGCCUGACACAGGCCUUAGUCCACUGGACAUCCGCCUGGGCAACACUGUCCUCACUUGGCGCGAGAAUUUGGCUUGUGCCGAGGGGGUUACCCUGAGCCAGCAACAGCAGCCGAAUAUGUUCAACUGCCUAGCAUCGGGUCGCUACUUGUACCUGGUACUACGGGUGCGGGGCACACGUGUGGCACCUUUGUCUAUUUGCGAAGUUGAGGUCACCCCCAAGGGGCCGACCGGCAACAAGCACAUCCUACAGACAGCUGGCGGGAUGUGGAAUUUGCAGUUGGAAGGAGUAGCUCUAUCUGCGGAAGACCGCAUUCGGAUUGUUCCGGACACCGUUCUUUGUGGUCUGACGGGCUCUUCAACGAUGCAUUCAUCAGUCUUGGUGCUGACAUCUCCAAGCGGCUCACGUGCACAUGGCAACUACAACGAAGAGACAUGGGAAAAUAUUCAAGUGAAUCGAAUGGGUAUGUACAAAGUAUGUUGGUGUGGUGGAGAUGGUGGCUGCCUGGAAGAUGAGCACUACUCCAUGCACGUGGCCACGUUGAUCAUCAAUGGCAUGAUGCUGACAGUGGCAGGCGAUGGGCGAACCCCAAAUCGUACGUCUGAUAUGAUUGAUGGUGAUCCUGGGUACAACUCACCUCUCUCAGAGCCUUACGGAAUAGCAGUGUCCGACACACACGUUUUCUUCAGCGAGAGAUCGACUCAUAUGAUUCGAUAUAUGGACAUCGAGCAAGGCAGAGUCUACACCCUUGCUGGCAAGUUUUAUGCCGGGUUGCGAGGUGACUACCAACCUGCGUACAAUGCAGAGCUUUGGGAGCCCAGCGGCCUUGCUUUGGACAAAGACCAGAAGUUUCUGUACCUGGCAGACUUUGGCAGUCACCGUGUGCGACGGAUCAACCUGGAGCAGACGCCUUUGAAUACAGGCAUCAUCGAGACCGUUGCAGGCAACGGGUUCAAAGGCCGGGGAGGCGAUGGUCAACCUGCGAUCGAAGCGCAGCUCGACAGUCCCACCGGUGUGGCGGUGGACCUGAAUCAAAUGCUUUGGAUUUGCGACAGCGGUAACAAUGUGCUGCGGGUGGUGUCGAUGGAGAUUCCUGUGAGGAUUCCAGGCACCAAUGAGUUUCAAAGGAACAUUAUCCUCACAGCUGCAGGUGGUGCGACUGGGCAGACGACCAAAGGUGAUGGCGGUGUUGCCUGGUUGGCGCGGAUGGAGUCGCCUUGGGGCGUGGCUGUGUCCUCCGCCUUCAUCAGCACAGAGGAGGGUACAUUACCCGUGAACGUCUACAUCACAGAAGCAGGCGGACACCAAGUGAGAACCAUGUCUUUGGAGUUCCAGAGCUACCUGGGUGUCAUCAACACGCUGGCAGGCACCGGACAGCGGGGCAACUCCACCAAGGAAGCCUCGCCAUUAGAAGCUCCGUUGGCACGGCUGAAUGAGCCAUCAGGUGUGGCUGCAGAUGAAGGACUGGUCUACGUGAGUGACUCUUUGAAUCAUCGGCUGCUGAUGAUGCCAGCACUGGAGUAUGUCUCGAUGGGAUGUUGGCGCGAGAACAUUGAGUCUCCUUGGAUACCCAGCAUUGAAGGAGAAUCUUUGCCCUGGGGGAUCAACUACCUCACUGGUGUUCCUGAGAAUCGGCCAGAUGCCAUUACAGCGUGUGCCAUGGCAACUUUGCGACUGGGCUAUGAGGUCUUUGCAAUCCGUCAGAUGGGAGUUUGUGCGACCUCCAAAGAUGCUCAUCUCUACUUUCGGUUUGAGGGUUCCUCUACAUCCUGCUCCGAGGGCAAGGGCGGUGCACGUGACAAUUCGGUCUACAGGUUUGCCCGGUCUGGGAUGAUGACCCAGCAGCAAGGAUUGAUCUACGUCAUUGCUGGCCGGCAGAGUCAGCCUGGUUUCUCUGGAGACCAAGGCACUGCAUGGGUAACUGAACUCAACAGGCCAAGUGGUCUGGGUAUUCACCCGCUGACCAAGGAUCUCUAUGUUGCAGACUCUGGCAACCAGCGUUUGCGUCUGAUUUUCAGACAAGUUGGUCCAAAUCCUGGACACUCCGGAAAGUGCACCAACGGCUUCCCGUGUGAGGUGGAGAUCACUGGCAAUGGCUUGCAACCGUCAAACCAGCUGGCCAUCAUGCCAGUCUCGCAGCAGUGUGGUCAGUCCGAUGUGAUCUUCCAGAUGGGUGUUGGAAGGAACCCCACAUUGGAAGUUCCAUCGCCAUCCUACACGCGGAAAACCUAUAACUUUGGUCCUCCCUUCGUGUCCAGAACGGGACAAUAUCGCCUUUGCUUUUGUGUAAAGGAUGCAGUAGUCUUUGGGCAAAUCACUCCCUGCUCUGCUCCAGAAUUCUUCAUUCAUGAUGCUGGAAGUGUCGUGAUCGUCGGCCCUGACAGUCGUCGAGAUGAUGCAGAAGUUGUGGAAGGGAUGCCUGGACGACCCUUCUCCUUGGCCAUUUUCGGCAUGGAGCUGUCCAUCUUCGAUCGCGUGCGGCUGGUCAACAGCUCGCAGCAGUGUGGAGUGCCCGGGGCAGAGGAGUUUGCGGAAGAAGUACAGAGUCGAAACACUCUUGGAAGGGGCCGGCACCUGGGGAAUGAAUCCUUCAGCCUUUGGGCCAAUGUCACUCUGAAAGCCUCUGGCACCUUCCGCUUGUGUUGGUGUCAAGGCGCUCGUCCAGAUGGCUCUCGACUCACUUGCAAUCGAGGGGAGGACUUCCGUGUUGAGGCCCUACGGGUCAAUGUCCGAGGACCAAUCCAGUACGCGGGAACUAUCAAGAUUGGAGGCUCUGAGGAGAUUACAGUCAGGGGAGGCGAAAUGGCGGGCUUCAGCUCCAGUGACCGGAUCCGCCUGGUGGAUGCCGCCACUGUGCAGUGUGGAAGCCCCGAAGCUGAGUUCUUCUCGUCUGGCAUCGACGUCGAGCAGUCCUUCUUGCCCAGCGGCCCUCCUCAGCGCAUCACAGCUGAUUCAGUGAUAUGGACAGAUGUCAGGGUCCGUGAUGCCAGGCCCUUGCGGGUGUGUUGGUGUGGUGCACCGGAAGGAUGCAGUACAGGUGAAGACUUCUUGAUCAACGCCGCGCUGAUCAUGCCAGUGGGACCUACAACAGACCCUCCACAAGUGCAGAACGUGGCGAAUGGUACCUACUUCACCUACAAGCUUUAUGGAACCUCUAUGCAACCUGAGGAAAGAAUACGUGUUGUGGAUGACUACACUGCUUGUGGCAGUAGAUUUGCUGGCUUGAACAGCUUAGAAGUGAUGAACAAUCCUGGAAAUCCCCAAUCUGACGGCACCAAAGCAGAGUUUCGGAACAUUCUCAUUGGCAAGCCAGGGAGGUAUCGCGUUUGCCACUGCUUUUGUGGUCGUGCUCCGUGCUGCCAAGAGGGAGAGGACUUCUACACUGAGGUGGGCGCUGUUUUGGUGUCCUCGGCCGAGAUCCACACGCGCACUCCGUUGGUGGCGCCAGUGAUUACACCAGAAGUACGGCCGGACAUGAGGCCUCCUGGUCAUUGGGCUGAAUUUCCAAAGGACAUCACGCGCACCAUCUACGUCCGGACACUGACACGGGACGUGCCGCACGCGGGCUCCAUGGGCCCCAUCGAGGUGAAACUCUUCCAAGUGUGGCCAAGGGUGGCAGAUGUCACCAGCUUCAUUCUGGAAGACCUUCUGGCUGGCCAGACCCAAGGCUUCAUGAAGGACGUGCUCUUGGACGAGCCCAUGAACCCUGUGGGCAUAAUCGUGACCAGUCACUCGACUGAUGCGUGGUACGGACAAUGGAUCGAAGUGGAAAUCGAAGGUCUGGGAGUGCACCGUUUCUCCGUGGAUGGUUGGACAGCCUCCCCAGCAGAUCGGCAGGCACGGCGCAUUACUCAGGGACUUCGCGACCCUCCCCUGUUGCCAACAAUGUUGCCUCCACCAGAGGUGGAACUUUGGGAAUCCCACGCCUACGUGUUGGAGCCUUGUGGUGGUUGUCCACCUGGCUUCGAAUGCAAGGAGGAAGAAGCCAAAAUGGUUGACCGACUGCACCGUGAGGCUGAGUUGGACCUUGUCUAUGACGACAAUGGUGACGCAAAUGAUCCGGAAGCAGCGAAGCGAACCGUCUUCCGUGCAAUGUGCCGCCCGAUUUGUGGCGAUGGCGUGGCACAGCCGGGUGAACAAUGUGAUGACGGCAACUUGCGAUCCAUGGAUGGCUGCAACGGUGUUUGCGAGGUGGAGCAGGGCUUCGAAUGUGCCAACUUUGAGAGUUCCCCCAGCAGCUGUUGGCCCAGGCUGUGCUAUGGAGACACUGGAUCCGACUGGCGGGGCAGGAAAGCCGGUCGUUUCCCUGUCUAUGGUGCAAAUGAAUUUGCUCAGAUGUCCUCCUUGGGCGCAACCUGUGCAAUCGAAGUUCCUUUGGACUUUAAGGCACCAGCGACUUGGCCGAAAGUGUGCUACAAAUGGAUUGCUUCGGAGACCUUUCCACCGGCUGGUGUCACAGCCAAUAUGGGCUUUUGCCCUGCGGACAUGACGGAUGCGACGCUGCGGAAGUUCAUCUUUGCACCCCGAGAUUUCGCCACAGUGGACUGUCAGAGCUACGAGAUGCAAUACGUAGGCAGUGCAAUGGACUGUAACGCCACCCGCAGCUGGCAGCCACCAGCCGUGAAGUUCGAAAGUUAUGACGACUGUGCCAAAUUCUGUGAGAAAGACCAGGAGUGCAGGGCGGCGAUGUUCUAUGUGGAUGAUUCAUCAGGUGGACAGAGGUGCACCCAAGACAACAGUCUGACUUGCACAGCCCAUUGUCAGUUGGUGGAUUCCUGUGACGCUCCAUUCACAGUGCCGGAGGCAGAUCGAGCAAGUCCUGACCAAUACCACAUUGGCCGGAAAGUGCAGAAGGCUGCGGCAGACGUGCCUAACGGACCAGCUGUUUGCACACAGGUGCAGUACUGA